AAAGAAGUCAUCUGUGACACAAACAAUUUAAAAACUUUUCCUUCAUCGUUAUCUUUUUGGUAAACAAAACUUUGGAGAAUAAUGUUGGAAUAACUUAGGAAUUGAGUAUCUAAAGAAAAGAACUUCGAAGUUGAUGAGAAGAAAAAAGGAAAGGAUCAGAGAGUCAAAAGGUAUCAAAAUGUCCAAAAGAAAGUCUGAAGAAGAAAAGAACUACAGACUAACCGAAUAUUUCCAUAACCUUCUUAAAAGAAGAAUUAAUUUUCGCGUCACAAGGGACGAAAUAAAGGACAUUAUAUCAAGUGUGGACUUUUUGGUAGAAACACUGGUGGCGAAAAUUACUUCAAAGGUUGCAUGGCUUCCUUUUUCUCGUGUUGUAAGAGUAGGCAGCAUGGCGGAAGGUACUAGUGUAGGUCAGCCUAAUGAGUUCGAUUACCUAGCUGUUCUUAAGAUAGAACAAAGUGGGAUUGAAGUUGAACGUACAUGUGAAAAUAGAAGAGGAUAUGCACAUGUCAAAAUCACUGACCCAUACUUGCGAACCAUAUGGGGAAAAUGGAUGGACGGUGAAUAUCUAAAAAGUGAUUUCACCAGAGGCGAUUCAGAUAUGCUGAGCAAUUAUUUUGAUACUUUAGGAAAUGCAUUUCAGCUAGAAGUAUCCAAUGUUUUACAGGAUUACGAUGAACGACUUGUAUGUAAAACGAAUAUUGGUGAAAUGAAAUCAGAGACAAUUUUCAUCUGCGAUGUAAAAAAGCAUGGACCGGCCUUUACGCCUAAAUUCGUUUGGAAAUCCAAGCGUUCUGGUGAGAAAAUUACCAUGGGUGUUGACAUUACCCCAGCCAUUGAGAUAGACAUAUCAACUGAUAUCAUUUCUGCCAAAGAUACGUUUGAUCCACGUUUCUUUUCGAAGGUAGAGGAACAUGGCAAAUGUCUGCUUAUUUCAUGCCGUAAUAACGCAUCCUGUGAAGCCAGGCAGUGCUUCUGCUUGGCUUUUACUCUGAGCGAGGUUGAAUUGGUUCGGGGUUUAAGUCAGCAUCACAAAGAUUGCUACAAACUCUUGAAAUAUAUUUUCAACAGUCGCCACGGUUAUACAUUCUUUCCAUCUUAUGCUUGGAAAACCCUUGUCCUGAAACACAGCUGUCAUUGUGAUGAGACCGAGAAUUUAGCAGUGUGUUUUAAACAGUUGGUGGCUGCAUGUUUGCAUUAUAUGUUUAACAGGAAAACGGAAGAGAAAAUUGAAUUUAGCCGAAUAGCGCGUGUCUUUAUGCCAGGAGAGAAAUUUGUGUUGAACAUUCCUAGCGUCUUUUUUAAACAGCACAAUAUUUUGGACAGCAAAGAUUAUAAGUUUCCUUGUGAACAAUUUUUGCAGGAAAUAGAAAUAAUGCUACGAUCACUUGAAGGUAUAAGUUGCAGAGAAACUACAGAAGUAGAUGACAGAAGCUUGAAGAUUGUGAACAGCCGCGUAACUGGUGCUGAGGCAUACGUGUCGACAUUGCCUCUGCCGAAAUUUCUACCUUUUGUCAAAAGUAACACAGACUUGACACAAUGUUUGGAGGACAUAUUAUAAUGAUAUAACAGUCCUUGCAUUGAUUCGGCAAGCAACUAUACAUUUCUGUUAUAUAUAACUCUUUCAGCCAAUUAAACGUGAUUUCUUAUUUCAGUAGUAUACAAAUGUAGGAAAUUACACGCAAAGACUAAGUACCAUGCUGUACAUGUCACCACUUAAAUUGACCGACGUCUUCUAUGUGACAAUAUUAAACUUUCUUUAGGUACUGAUGAAGUUAUUCGCUGUUGUUCUUUUACUCCAAUGAUAUUUUAAAAAGCAUCCGAUGUGAAGGAUGUCGCUCUGCAUAGUCAUUCAAGAAGUGGCAUUAACGUGCCCGUUUCCAAUACCUUUAUAUUCAAGUAAAAUCUUGAUAUAUGACAUUUACAGAUAAAUGAUUUAGUUUGUCAUGUGAAAAAUAAAUGUAUGAACGUUUAGGACCCUCCUGUAAAACUUUUUUUUGCAACAGUUCAGAAAAAAAGUAAAUCGUUAUAAAAUUUUGAAGAAGGGGUUAUUUGAGUUUUAGGUUUUCCGACAGUGAAAAUGUUUGGGGUUUUUCUUUCUGGGCAUAUAAAGGCUUUACAUGACCAGACUUUCUGAUUCAUGAAUAAUUAAGGAUGCAUUUUGAUAUCUUGUAAACUUAUGUCCUCUUUUUGGAAUUUUAUUUAUUCAUAUCUGAUAUUAGCCGAUUUUAGCCAAAUUAACACGUACUCAAUUUUUGAACACACUAUACGCCUUAUUGCAUUUCCUCUGUUAUUUAAUGUAAAUGGUCCGCUUCACUCUUCGAAUGCAUAAACAAUGGAGCACUUCCUUUAAUUCCACUUUUAAAAUCUAAAACCAUAUCCGACUCUAUAGGUGUAUAAGUUUUACUGCACUCUUUAAUUGCUUUAAUUGGAAUUUUAAAACUUAAAAAAUCUUUGGUUAUUUAGGGGAAUCCUAUCUUGACAUAAAAUAAAUGACUUUGAAAAAGGACACAAGUCCGAAAAUUCUAAUAAAAGUGGUAUUCUAUAUAGACAUUCCGUUUAGAAAUUACACUGUAUUGUUGAAAUGAAUAAAUUACAUCAUAUUAUCAGAAUUGUUGUUGCCCUGUAGUAAACAUCUAAAAAGGAGCUAGACAGAUAGAAAUAACAAUUGCAAAUAUAAUAAAGAGAACAAAAA